ACCAAAACUUAAGUUUUUAUAUUUUCUAGGAAAACGCAAACAAAGACGUUACUCUAAUUCCGAAUCUGAAACCGAAGAGAGCAUUUCGAAAGGAAGGAAAGGAAAGCGCAAACACAGCCUUGACUCUGAUUCCGAAACUGAAGUCGAAGACCGCAAAUCAAAACAAAGGAAAGGAAAACGCAAAAUAAGCCAUGAUUCUGAUUCUGAAGCUGAAGAUGAAAAAAGCAAACUGACACAAAGGAGAGAGACUCACAAAGGCGCCAAACCAGACCUGUCGAACCUUGAAAAAGACAACGUAUUCAUCACGUUCAACUUUCUUGAGGCCAAUAACUCAAAGAACACUCGAAAGUUUUAUUUCAAAGAAAGUUUUGUCCAUGACAAAAAAAUGGAUUUCGCCAUUUUACAGUUACGAAAUAAGGAUAAAACCGAAGAAUCUAGCUAUCCAGAAGCCAUAACGCAUUUCAAGCCCGUAUACCCUGAGCACACAUUCGCUCUACUCGGUCACCCCGAUGGGAAGCCUAUGCAGCUAGAUCCUAAGGUUCACAUCUUUGAUCCCGAUAGUGAUCAAGGGAAAAGACGGCUAAAAGAGAUGAAACAAUGGGGACGCAAACAAGGUAAAAAGUCUGCGUAUGACAAUAUCCUGGACAAAAACAAAGUUUUAUUUGACUGCUGGGUUCAGCAUGGGGCUUCUGGAUCACCGGGGAUUGAAAUGGGUUCCGAUGGGGAGCCCGUCUGUAGCCUCAUGCUUAUACACGGAUAUCCGAAUUUUGUCUUUGAUGAUAAACAUAAAAGAAAGGAAGAAGACCAUCCGUUCAUGAUUGAGCAAGGCGUUACAAUGCAGGCGAUUGCAGCAACAUUGAACUUAAUGGGUUCAGAUGCGAAGGCAACAAAGCGGGAAAUAUUUGCUGACAAUUUUUUCGAAUGUUAAGAAUUAGACAGAUAUAUCUGUGUGCCCCCAUCACAACAUUUUUAUGUUACACCAAAACACCAUAUUAUAUCAAAGAUUAUUUUGUUUUGACUGCAAACAGGAAUUGGAAUCUUAUAUCGGGAUAUUUUGAAAAUGUCUGAUUUCUUUGUCAAUCAAAUAGUGUAAAUGACUGUUGAGUCGACUCAAAACCGCUGAAAACAAUUCACUAGGCCCGGUGUGCUAACAAAAGUAGUUAUCUGUUACGAAUAAUAGAGAAAUUUCGGACAAUUGCACUCUUAUACUGCAGGCAUUCAAGAGGACGAGUAACAUAUUUACCUAUUCCUCCCUUAAGUGAAUGAAGCUGCAAAGGUCAUAAGAGAUAUGUUAAAUAUGUUAAAAAAAAACAUCCAAUUAUACUGACACAUUUGAAUCCAAUCUUAAAUGUUUGGCUUACGCAUUAUAUAAUGAUUUUGGUUUGUUGGUGUUUUACGUCCUAUUAACUGCAAUGGCCAUUUAAGGAGGUACGAAGUUUUGGUGGUGGAGGAAAGCUGGUGUUCUCGUAGAAAAUCAACCGAGUAUCGGCCAGUACCUGGCGACUGCAUAACAUAGGCCUCGAACCCGCGACCCAAUGGUGGAGGGCCACUUGUAGCAGAAUGUUGAACGCCUUAACCACUUGCCUACCGUAGCCCCCGCGAAAUAUAAUAUAAUAUAAUGACAUUUUCCUGAAAAUGAAUGAAGUUUUGUCGGUAUCAUCAUUAUAUCAAAAAUUGAAUGUGGAAAUAUGCACUUGCUGAUGUGAUACCAGCAUCUUCAGUUAAUGAUUGUAAUACAUGUUUCAAUAUCCAGCAUUUUCAUUCUGAAUAAUUAUACUACAUCUGCAUAGGUAAUGAAGUAGCGUGUUCACCUAUGGUCGAAUGGACAAUAGGUGGGGACAGUUUUGUGACAUUCUCCUGGUAAAUCAUACACAAGUGUCGAGUUGACGACCCAAUUUGGCACAGUAGCAGGUAGGGUUAUCCCAUUUGGACGCUUCAACUCGCACAUAUUCCAACUGGAUGCCAUUGUAUUGUACAUACGUUUCGCAAAAUAAUAGUCACACUAUUAGUGGUUGUGUCGCAACAGAGAGACAUCCAGAGGAUCAUCACACUGAUAACCUCAAAAAAAAAAGAAAAGCUGCCAUAAAUGAAACUGAAAAUUUUAACACAAACAAUACUAUUAGACAGAGUACAGUAAGCGUGUCAUACACUGGGACACUUGCAUAACACUAACGCACAGAACAUAUUUGACAGUUCUGUUCUUUUUAUCAAUUUGUAUUACUGAUCAGUUGAUAACUUUCUUUCUGUAUUUAUAUUUCAUUUCCAAGACUGUUUUUAUAAUUGUGUACAUACUAUGUAAAAAACUAUUUUUUGUUUUAAUGGUUUUCUCAGUUUAUGCAACUUAUUGUAAUGAGCUCAAUUUCGUAAUUUUUCUAUUUUUGUAUUGACGUUAAUAAAGUUUGCAAAAACGUAAUCCACUUCACAAA